AGGUGUAAAGAUUUGUGUCGAGUGUUGCCAUGGAGUAGCAGUUCGGCCGAGUAAGGAUUGAAAUGAGUUCGGAUGGGAAACCACCAUCUGUUGGUGAAAUCAAGGUGAAGAGCGCUAUUCCAAAAAAUCGGCAAGAGAAACUAAAAUGGAAUGGUUGGGGAUACAAGAGCACCGCGUUCGACAUCAGCGACGACUUGCAAAGCGCGCAUUUUGUUGGCGAAGGGUAUCCAAUGCACGGGGAAAGCCUGCCGCAGUUCUUACCGUUUGCAGAAAAGAAUCUUGGCCUUCGAAGACCCGGGGAAAUUGUUAAACCAAGACCCUCCUUCAGCGACUCCGAAUUGCCCCAGACUAGGGCAACCAAAGAAAUAAUGGAAAGCUUGGAAGGCUUUGGAAUAUCAUAUUCGGUGCGGGGAGAAGAUCGAUUAUUCCGUGCCCACGGCCACACCUUGAGAGAAAUUUAUGCACUGAGGCACGGAUCUUUCAGACGCAUUCCUGAUGUCGUAAUUUGGCCAGAAUGUCAUGACCACGUGGUGAAGUUGGUGAAACUGGCGAACGAGUUGAACUUCGUCAUCAUACCAUUUGGUGGAGGCACCAGCGUGACGUUGGCGGUGGAGUGUCCCGAAAACGAAGAAAGGCCGAUCGCGUCUUUAGACACUUCACAAAUGAAUAAAAUCCUUUGGAUCGAUCGGGAAAAUUUAGUUGCUCGAUUCGAAAGCGGGAUUGUAGGACAAGACUUGGAACGGGAAAUGAAGGUCCGUGGGUUCACUGUUGGACACGAGCCGGAUUCCUUAGAAUUUUCUAGUUUAGGUGGUUGGGUAGCAACAAGAGCAUCGGGAAUGAAGAAAAGCGUGUACGGUAAUAUUGAAGAUUUGAUAGUGCACUUCACUGCAGUCACGUCUCGUGGAGUGAUUUCCAAGUCAUGUUCUGUUCCUCGUCUCUCAUCAGGACCUGAUUUGCACCAAUUCUUUCUCGGUUCAGAAGGAACGCUUGGAGUGAUAACUGAAGUAACUCUGAGAAUCCGGCCGUUGCCUGUCGUCAAAAAAUUCGGAUCCCUCGCCUUCCCGACUAUGGAGGCAGGGAUUCAGUGUCUGCGAGAAAUAGCUGGAAAGAGAAUAUUUCCGGCUUCUAUUCGUCUCAUGGACAAUCAUCAGUUCACGUUCGCUCAAGCUAUCAAACCGACGCAAGGAAAAUUUAAAGCUAUGAUGGAGUCGUUGAAAAAGCUGUACCUGACUUAUUAUCAAAAAUUUGACGUGAGUCAGAUGGCAGUGGCGACUCUAUUGUUUGAAGGAGAGUGUGAAGAAACGGUGAAACUUCAAGAAAAGCAGGUUUACGAGAUCGCUGCUAAACACGGCGGGCUUCCUGGGGGAGAAGAGAAUGGUCAGCGGGGGUAUUUACUCACAUUCGUGAUAGCUUAUAUUCGAGAUGCCGCGUUUGAUAUGGGAAUUUUGGCGGAGUCUUUCGAGACGUCUGUUCCUUGGGAUCGUGUGGCGGUUGUCUACGGGAACGUCUUCAAAAGAAUGGAACGAGAAUGCUCGAAGCGCAACGUCAGGAAGCCGUAUUUGAGCAGUCGUGUCACCCAGUCGUAUGAUGCCGGUGCUGCUAUGUACUUCUAUUUUGGUUUCGAGUAUAAAAGUUUAGGUGUGGAGGAUCCCGUUGGGCUCUACGAGGAAAUUGAGCAUGAAUUACGGGAUGAAGUGAUGCGCUGCGGUGGGAGUAUUUCGCAUCACCACGGAGUCGGGAAACUGAGAAAACAGUUUCUUGAGAGAAGCAUUUCAAAGCCCGGAGUUGCUUUGCUGCAAUCUGUCAAACGUGCAUUGGAUCCGAAAAACAUCUUCGCAGCGGGAAAUUUAGUUGAUGUGGAGCCGGAUUUGACGGCCAAAUUAUGAGUACCUACCGUGCAUUCCGCCGGCGGUUUUUGUGGACUAUUUCCGGCAUUCUCCGUAUCAUUUAGGUCAGAGGUUGGAAACUUGGAAGAGUUUCUUUUCAAUUCAGCAUCUAGAGAAAGUUCAUUAAUCCCAUUUCAGUGUUUCGAAAUUUCAUCAAUUUGUGCUAUUGAGACGACGUGAAGGUUGUGGGUACAGUUCCCGAAAGCGUUUCUUUGCCAUUUGGAAAGCCCAUGUUUUGUCAAAUUCUUGGGGAACUAGUUGUUGACGUUCAGGAUUGCGGGUGAACUUCAGACGUUUAUAUAUGACGCUAAGAAUUGAUACAAACGGUGUUGAGGAGGCGCUUUAGUCAUGUUCAAGCAUUCCUCUGAUUUGGUUUUUUUGUUGGGACGUAUUUUAUUCACGUUUUAAGCUUUUUGAUUCGUAUUUCGUUGUGGAUCGGAAUUAAUGCAGGUACUUGGGAAAACCAAA